GCCUUCCAGUGCAGAGUCAGCUUGCCUUCCAGUGCAGAGUCAGCUUGCCUUCCAGGGCGAGCUGAGCGAGCUGAGCCAGCUGCACCAGCUGAGCCAUGAUGAAAAUUCCAGUGCUGCAGAUGAGUGGGGAGGCUGUGAUCGUUGAUGUCCUGCCUGAGAUGACGAUCCAGGAGUUGAAGAGGCAGCUGAAAGACUUGCUUCGAGCCGACGAUGAGUCCAUGAAAGCGGUGACCAUGGUGGAAUUGCUGGUGGGUGAAACUAAGCUCACCGAUGAUCAGACUGUGGUGGAAGCAGGGCUUUCCGAAGAUGUGGUCUUGCAGGUCUUCUUCACGGUCCGCUCAGUGGAGUGCUCGCACCAAAACGAAGUGGGCCGCUCGCUGCGCAGGCAGCUCCGCGGCUCCUCGGACGAAGAAGCGUUGUUCGUGGUCAACAUCCCAGAUGGCGUGACGGACAUCCCUCGGACCGCCUUCACUGACUGCAGACUUGUUGCUAAAGUAAAUAUUUCAAACUCUGUCACCCGGAUUGGACAGAGGGCCUUUCGUGGCUGCGACGCGUUGACAAGCCUGAGAAUUCCUAGCUCUGUGACUGAGAUUGCAAGUGAGGCUUUUGCUGACUGCAGCUCACUGACAAGCUUGACAAUUCCAGACUCUGUGACUGAGAUUGGAUCAGGUGCAUUUGAUGGUUGCAGUUCACUCACAAGCCUAGUGAUUCCUGACUCAGUGACUCAGAUUGAAACCGGCACAUUUGCUAGCUGCAGCUCGCUGAGAAGCCUGACAAUUCCUGCCUUUGUAAGUGAGAUUCAAGGCUUUGCAUUUGCCGACUGCAUCUCUCUGACAAAUCUGACACUUCCAGAGACUGUGACUGUGAUCGGUCGGAGUGCUUUUGCUUGCUGCGGCUCACUGACCAAUGUCAGAAUUCCGGAUCGUGUGACUUUCAUUGAAGAAAAGGCCUUUUCUGGCUGCAGCUCAAUUACAAGCCUGGCGAUUCCUGACUCAGUGACUCGUAUCGACUGGGAAGCCUUUGCUGGCUGCAGCUUACUGCCAAGUCUGACAAUUCCAGACUCUGUGAUUGAGAUUGCACGUGAGGCUUUUGCUGGCUGCACCUCUUUGUCAACCUUGACAAUUCCGUAUCAUCUGACUUUCAUUGCAGAAAGGGCCUUCGCUGGCUGCAGUUCACUCAGGAGCCUGGUGAUUCCUGACUCAGUGACUCGUAUCGGGUGGGAAGCCUUUCUUGGCUGUAGCUUGCUUACAAAUCUGACAAUUCCAAACUCUGUGACUGAGAUUGAAGGCUCGACAUUUGCUCACUGCAGCUCAAUCACAAGCCUGGUGAUUCCUGACUCAGUGACUCGUAUCGGGUGGGGAGCCUUCAAGGGCUGCAGCUUGCUUACAAAUCUGACAAUUCCAGACUCUGUGACUGAGAUUGCAUGUGAGGCUUUUGCUGGCUGCAGCUCUUUGACAACCCUGACAAUUCCGGAUCGUGUGACUUUCAUUGAAGAAAGGGCCUUUGCUGGCUGCAGCUCACUCACAAGCCUAGUGAUUGCUGACUCAGUGACUGAGAUUGAAGACAGUGCAUUUGCUGGCUGCAGCUCACUAAGAAAUCUGACAAUUCCAGGUUUUGUGACUGUGAUUAAAGCCUUUGCAUUUGCUGACUGCAGCUCGCUGACAAGCGUGACAAUUCCAGACUCUGUGACUGAGAUUGCACGUGAGGCUUUUGCUGGCUGCAGCUCACUGGCAAGCUUGACAAUUCCAGACUCUGUGACUGAGAUUGGAGCGGGUGCAUUUGAUGGCUGCAGCUCAAUGACAAGCCUGGUGAUUCCUAGCUCAGUCACUGAGAUUGGAAACGGUGCUUUUGCUGGUUGCAGCUCGCUCACAAGCCUGACAAUGCCAAACUCUGUGACCGUGAUUAGGGAGAGUGCUUUUGCUGGCUGCAGCUCACUGACAAGCCUGGUGAUUCCGGGCUCUGUGACUACGAUUGGAAAGAGGGCCUUUGCUGGCUGCAACUCACUGACAAGAGUGACCAUUCCUGAGUUUCUGGAUUGUCGAAGAUCUGGCCUGCAUGACUCGCCCUGCAUGACUAGAAGAUGCACGUGCGGAGGCAGCUGCUGGUGAUUGUUCAAGACAGUUUUUUAUCCUGGGAAUCUUCCAUCCCAACACUUCUAUCAAUUGGUUGUCGGAGAGCUCCUUCUUAUUCAGCCAACUUUAAAUUCCCCUUGAAAGCAUGAAACAUUUGAUGGAACCUGGCCUUGCAGACACCUCCAAAAAUCUGUUGCAUCGCGCCGCACCCCAGGCCUCCUGACAAAGGACAAAUAAGCAAAACUGUUUUAACACCCAUCGCUUGGAGGGUAUCCUUAUUCUAAAACACACCCAAAUGCUUGUCUGAGGUCAAUCUUGUGCUGGACUUUUGGCCAUUUUCCAAACGAACUACUGUAG